AUGUCCUCACCCCCUCCACCCACCACGGCGCCAAAGCUCCGUAGAGCCCUGGGCCUUAUUCUCGAAGAGACAGGCCUCCUAUCCCUACACGCCUCGUCGCGAGACGUCAAACUACUCUGCCUGCAGCGCUUCACGCGCAUGUUCGCAUACGGGAUAUCAACCCUGAUCCUAGUCGCAUACCUCUCCGCCCUAGAGAUCCCGAAGACAGAUAUCGGGCUAUUCAUGACGCUGACCCUAGCCGGUGACGUGUGCCUCAGCUUCGUUUUGACGUUAUUUGCCGACGCGCUAGGGAGACGAGCAGUCCUUGCGCUCGGUGCGCUGCUGAUGAGUGCCAGUGGCGUGGUAUUCGCUUUAUUCGGGUCGUACUGGGUGCUUCUCGUCGCGGCUGUCGUGGGGGUUAUAAGUCCGAGCGGCAACGAAAUCGGCCCCUUCCGCGCCAUCGAGGAGAGCAUCGUAGCGCAGUUAACUGACCCCCAAAAGAGAAGCGACAUCUACGCCUGGUACAGUCUCCUAGGCCUCGUGGGUGCCGCAUGCGGCUGCAUGGCGUGUGGCUGGAUCCUCCAGCACCUGACGGGAACUCUUGGGUGGGACUUUGUUCGCGCGUAUCGCGCUAUUUACUUCGGGUAUGCUGCUCUCGGCUUAUUAAAACUAACUCUGACUCUGCUCUUGGGUCACACCGUAGAGUCGGAGAAGAAACAGGCACAGAAUCGUACUCGAGACGACGAGACGAGGCCGUUGCUGGAGAGCGGCGUAGAGGCUAGUACGUCUCAUAAACGGGGACUGCGUGCGUUGUUCCCAGACAUCAGUAGAGAGAGCGUCCCUGUAGUGGUCACGCUGUGUCUUCUCUUUGCUCUGGACUCCUUUGGCUCUGGGCUCGCUCCGUUAUCUUGGAUCACGUAUUACUUCAAAUCUCAAUUCGACAUCGAAGAGGGACAGUUAGGCUCGAUAUUCUUCGUCACCCAGACCAUCGCAGGCGCUUCUAUGAUCGUUGCCUCUUCUCUGGCUAAGCGGUUUGGUAAUGUCAAUACAAUGAUAUUUACGCAUCUCCCCUCGCAAAUAUUCCGCGCCCUCCUAGGCGUCCCUAGUGAUAUGCACCUGGCACUAGCUUUCCUCAUUCUGAACGCAAGCACUCAGUCCAUGGACACCGGGCCGCGCUCCGCCUUCCUCGCCACCAUCGUGCUGCCCGCGGAGCGGACGGCGGUCAUGGGGACCGUGAACGUCGUCAGAACUACGGCUCAGAGCCUCGGACCGCUGCUGACAGGCAUACUGGUCGAUCGGAAUCUAUUCUGGGUGUCGUUUGUCGCCUCGGGAGGGUUGAAAAUACUAUAUGACUUGGGCUUGCUCGCGUUCUUCAAGAACAAGGAGAGGAAGCGAGAGAGAGCUGAGCGGUUGAUAAUUCAAGGGGAUGAGGAAGGACAGCAAAACUAGGCUGACCAUUAAGCUGGUUACCCGAGACCCUUGGAGCAUGCCAAUCUAUAGCGGCAAUGGAACGAGUACCUUGAUGGACCGGUGACGUAGUACAUCAAAUAGGAGUCAGUCUUUGCCAA